UGAUGACAGCAAAGGAGAAUUGUCCGGUGACAUGGCUGAAGCUGAUUAUGAAGGAUGGGACAAAGGGUAUAUUUCGAAAUUAAAAAGAGCACAGAGGGCUGUCAAACAAAUUGCUGGAGGUGAUGAUAGCAUGGAUGAGCAGGAGGAUGAAACACAAGAAAAUGUUUGGGGCAAAGGUAAAAAUGCAUACUAUGCUCCUGGUGAACAAUCUGGUGAUGAUGAGAUGGAUUACGAGGAGGCACAAAGGAUACAAAAAAAUAAGGAAAAAAGGCUGUCUAUGAAGGAUUUUGGAUUAGAAGAUGGUGAAAGUGAUGAAGAGGGUAAUGCAACAAAGGUAUCCAACCAUGAAUCCAAAAUGAAAGAAGACUUUGUUGUCUUAUCAGGCGAUGAGAAAAUGGAUGUGCUAUACAGAGAAACUAAGAACUUAAGCACCAGGGGAGGCGGGAGGAUGGAGAGGGGCGGCGUGCUUCCGUGGGAGCACCCAAGCAGUUCCGGCGCCGAGAACCACAACGAACUGGGCGGAGUCGCGCGAGCAGACAAUGGAGGGAUGCGUGCGUGUGUCCGUCCGGCCGGAUCGGGAGGGGACGGGCCGGGCAUGCGGACAGAUUGCCAGCAAAUGGAGUGUGGGCGGAGUCGUUACCUUCGAUUAGCUCGUCGGCUCGUCGCGGCCGCGAAGUGCGCUUGCGGCUCAGGCUCCUCCGACCGGGAUCUUGCCAACGAAUAG